UCAACAAAACAAAGUGGUGGAAAUCGAUAAACACGAGAAAAAAGCGAGCUAAAUUUGAUUAUGAAAUAAUACAAAUAGAUGUUACUUAACUAAAUUUAUCGCAAUGCGGCAAGUUUUUAAGAAAAAGGUGUUAUACACCGCUGUGGUGAUUGUAGUUUUGAUUAUAUUUCUGCAUCCAGAUAUGAAUGGUCAUUUGACCUACGAAUAUAUAGAAAAAGAUGAUAUACUAAAUAAUUUACAUUAUGGGACAGCUGAGAAUUUUAGUAGCAAUGCGUUAAGUGAGUGUGAGUACCGUGAUAUUGUGUUUGACGACACUACGUUGUCGCCGGCCAUCAAGGAUGGAGACUUGGUCGAGGGCCAUAGGAUCAAAGAAGGCGGGGAGUACGCGCCGCUGGAGUGCAAGCCGAGGUUCAGUACAGCGAUAGUGGUACCUUACAGAGAUCGAGCAGAGCAGUUGCGAAUGUUCCUCAUCUACAUGCACACGUUCCUGCGGCGACAGCUGAUCCACUACCGCAUUUUUAUAAUUGAACAGGUUGGCCUGCGGCAUGAACCACAUGUUUAGGAUGUAAACAAAUCAUUUUUACAAAUGGUUUUAGGAUGAUACAGAUAAGUUUGCUGCUUCCAUUUUUUUCGUAUAUUAUUUUGGUUGUUACAACACUUGCUAAUUAGUACAAAAAUUGUAAAGCUGUAGUAAACUGUAGGUAUGUAGUAGAUAUGGGAAUAUUGAUUUGUAUUAAACACGAGUUCAUACUCGUAUAGUAGCUACAUGCAUUAAGAACCAUUUUAAAUAAACUUUGUAUUGUAUACUGUCAGUAAUAAAAAAAAAUUACAGAGCCUUUCAAGUUUCAACGAUGAGAAGCGGUUUAAAAGUAGCCCAUGGUGAUGUGUUUAUAGAUAGGUAGAAUAUGUCGUAAAGUCAACUGUAGGACAUGAGUUCAAUUGUAUCAUGGGUGACGAACCAGCAGCCUGUCACUCAUGCUAGUUCAGACAGUGUCAGUACGUCUUGUAUACUGAGACUGACUGAAAUAGCAUGACAGUCAUGACACGUGCGUUUCCGUAAAAAUACGAAGGAAACUCUUUUUGCACUACAUCUGUACAUAUGUAAAGUAACGGUCUAUCGACGAAAGGUCACACCGUAAAGCCUCCACCACACAUAAAGCGUUUUGAUAGCGUAGCGCAAUGAUAGCGGUGCGCCGGACGAACGCUGGCAUUCCCCUCGCAAUCCGCGCGCAUUCCGCUCG